AGGUAAGUUUGUGGAGAGGGAAGCAGUAGCAGUGAGUUUGUGUUGAUUGUGGAAGGAUGGUGGUGUUGAACAAGAGAAGCAUGGUUCUGGUACUUGUAUUAGCAAUAGCAAUAGCAAUAAGAGAAACAUCAUCGGAAUCAGAAGAAGAAAGCAGCAGCAGCAUCAUAUCACGAUUCCAGCAAUACCUGAAAAUCAACACUUCCCAACCCAGCCCGCGUUACCAGGAAGCAGCCGAAUUCCUGAUAUCCGAGGGCAAAGCGGUCUCCUUGGAAUAUGAAAUCAUGGAGUUGGUGGCAGGAAAGCCUCUGGUCCUCCUCAAAUGGGAAGGCACAAACCCUCACCUCCCCUCCAUCCUCCUCUACUCCCACACCGACGUCGUUCCAUCGGAACCCAACAAGUGGGCCCACCACCCCUUCAGCGCCCACCUCGACCCCACCGGCCGCAUCUUCGCCCGCGGCUCCCAGGACAUGAAGUGCGUCGGCAUGCAGUACCUCGAAGCCAUCCGCCGCCUCAGGGCUCACAACUUCCGUCCCCUCCGCACUCUCUACCUGGCCUUCUCCCCCGACGAGGAAAUCGGCGGCCACCACGGCGCCGAGAAGUUUGCCCAAUCCGAGAUCUUCCGACGGAUGAAUGUCGGCGUUGUGCUCGACGAGGGGCUGGCCUCGCCGGACCAGCAUUACCGGGCGUUCUACGCCGAGAGGAGCCCCUGGUGGUUGGUCAUCAAGGCCGUUGGAGCUCCCGGCCAUGGCUCCAAGCUUUAUGAUAACUCCGCCAUGGAGAAUCUCUUGAAGAGCAUUGAGAGUAUCAGAAGGUUUCGCUCCUCUCAGUUUGACUUGAUCAAGGCCGGAUUGAAGGCUGAGGGAGAUGUUGUUUCUGUUAACAUGGCCUUCCUCAAGGCUGGAACUCCUUCUCCAACUGGUUUUGUCAUGAAUUUGCAGCCAUCUGAAGCUGAAGCUGGAUUUGAUAUUCGGGUGCCACCUACUGCUGAUCCAGAAUCAUUGGAGAGGCGCAUUGCUGAAGAAUGGGCACCUUCAUCCCGCAAUAUGUCGUUCUAUCUUGGGCAGUUCAAACAGAAGACACCUGUGCAUGAUAAGUCUGGGAAACCACUGCUUACUAAAACUGAUGGUUCCAAUCCCUGGUGGGGCCUUCUUGAAAAUGCUGUCCAAAAGGCUGGUGGGAAACUUGGUGAGCCAGAGGUCUUUCCUGCUGCUACAGAUUCCCGCUACUUCCGACAACUUGGAUUACCAGCAAUUGGAUUCUCACCUAUGGCAAACACUCCUGUUCUACUCCAUGACCACAACGAGUUUCUGCACAAAGAUGAAUACUUGAAAGGUAUUAAAAUCUACGAGUCAAUAAUAAAGAAAUAUGCAUCCUUUGAUGGUCAAGAAAGAGGAGAAUUCAGAGAUGAGUUAUGAGCAAAUCGUGCGGCACCUACCCCUUCCUAAAUGUCUACUUCUUUCCUUUUCUCGAUGUAACAAUAAAUAGGAAAAAGAGUAUUCGGGCUGACUCUGACAUGUAACAAUAAAGACUUGACAUGUAACAAUAAAGACGAAAUAAACGAGUAUGAUACAAACUUUGAUCAGAGCAACUUAGCCAUUACAUCAAUGCUUUCAUAAAUGAUUUUAAUA